CUUCGCGUCUCACUCGGCAGGUUCCGCCUACCGGCUCAUGGCCGCCUCGCUGGGGGGCCUCCGCGCUGGGCCCGGAGGCCUGAGCCUCCUCUUCCUUCUGCUGCUGCCGCUGCCACUGCUGAGCUGGGGUGACAGAGAAGACGACACCCAAUCAGAAGCUUGUGGCAAGCCCUGGUGGUCGGAGGACGUGGACGUGAGCCGCCACUGGCCCUGGGAGGUGAGCCUCCGCGUGGAAGAUGAGCACGUGUGUGGAGGGGCCCUCGUGGACCACAAAUGGGUGGUGACCGCUGCCCACUGCAUCGAGGGCACCAAAGAGUAUUCCGUGACUCUUGGCACCGCUCAGCUGAAGCCCACGGACCCCGGGAAGGCCGUCUCAAUUCCGGUGAAGGACAUCGUCGUGCACCCCAAGUUCUGGGGCCGGACCUUCAUCAUAGGCGACGUGGCCCUGCUCCAGCUGCACACCCCCGUCGUCUUCAGCAAGUACGUGCAGCCCAUCUGCCUCCCCGAGCCCACCUUCGACCUGAAGGUGGGGACGCAGUGCUGGGUGACCGGCUGGAGCCAGGCCAAGCUGCGCUACUCAGCCAACUCCACGCUGACCCCAGAGCUGCAGGAGGCCGAGGUGUUCAUCAUGGACAACAAGAGGUGUGACCAGAUUUACCGGAAGAAGUCCUCCGUCCCCCACAUCCUCCCCCUUAUCUUGGGGGACAUGAUCUGUGCCACCAAUUAUGGAGAAAACUUGUGCAAUGGGGACCCUGGGGGCCCAUUGGCUUGCGAAGUGGAGGACAGAUGGAUCCUGGCUGGGGUGAUGUCCUGGGAAAAGGCCUGUGCCAAAGCACAGAACCCAGGUGUGUACACGCGCGUCACCAAAUACAGCAAAUGGAUCAAGAACCAAAUGAGCAACGGGGCUCCCUCAGGCCCCGGCACCUCCGUCCGGCUCCUCCUCCUAUCCUGGCUGCUGCCGCCCCAGAUGGGCCCCUGACCGUCCCCCUCCAGAAUAGGGCCAGAUCAAGGUCAUGUGUCCCUAUUCAACAAGAGUCAAGGUGGGGACAGAGUGGCCCCUGGGAGGCCUGGUCCUGCUUGGGCAGUCCACAGGGAGGGAUGUGGUGGAUGAUGAGGCCUUGGCUGACCAGGAGAAGGGGAGUGUGGCCGAGAGGGCUCUGGAAUUGGGGCCCAGAACAGCAGGGAUUAAAUUUGUGAAAAUGUAA